AUGUUGCUUCGUGUCCGUGGCACUGGUGCCUCGCCUGAGAACUCGCAGGCCACGCUAAUGUAUCUGCGCGGGUUUCGUAGGACGAACACUCGGCCUCCUUCCGGGGAGUACUUACUUGCUGGCAUUGGAAGACCGCUGCUCUACCCACAUUUCCAUGUGGGCAUCCAAACUCCGGGGAUAGAGAAAGAUAUUGAACUGAGAAGGCAGCUGCCUUAUGUGGUGUGGAAGGAGUUGUGGAACGUUUACGACAUUGCCUACGAUGAACUGCGCCUGUUCCCUGAUCCACAUGCCACAACGGCUCUUCUUUCUUCUUCUGGGAGUGAGGGGGUGGAAGACACUACGGGGUUUACAAGAAUAACGGCGCGCAGUGGGGCAAAUAUGGCAGUUGUUGUCACGCAUCACAUUGUGGAGGACGGGACACCCGUUACUGGACACGACAUGUACGCAGGAGGACAAAUUGUGGUGUUGGAUUUAUCAGAUGUGCCACUGGCAGAUGCAGCGACGAGGGUUGCCGUGGAAUUGGCAUGGACGGCAGGCUAUGCGUCUAUGCAGGGCGCAUUAAACCAUGCUUCGCAUGUCGUGGUGCGGCUUCCUUACAUAUGUGACAUGGCUACUGUAGGGAAAUGCAGCCCUCUUGUGCAGGAGGGGUUGGACUUCAUGGGUGAACACAUCGCGUUGCUUACAAGGAGUUUCACGCAGGGGGAAGCGGACGGUGCGGCUCCUGGGGUGGAUGUAUCUUUCAUUGGGGCGGGUGCUGUGCAGUUGCAGGAGACGUUGGAUCGCCUCUGUUCUUCAAAAGAGAUGCCAAUUAACAAUGAUUUACCAGACGAUAAGCAAAAAGGGAGUGUAGCCCGGAAACAUGUUUUCAUUUUUGCCGGCGACCAACACGCACAACAGCAACAGCCGCAUAUAACGCAAUUACUGCAGUCCAUCGAAUCAUCGAUAGGUGUCAGCCUGUCCUUUGAGUCGGUCCCGCUAAAGGGCCUCUUGGAAGGCGCGGAGGAACAGUGGGAUGCGGCCACCACGCGAGAGAAUCAAAUACUGAAUUUCUGCCCCUGUUGUGGGCACUGCGGUGGUCAUUAA